AUGUCGUAUGUACAAACACUUUUAUGUAAGUUGUUCAGUUUUUCUUGGUUUUUAGGCAAAAGUGGUGUCCAGAGGCAAACUUGGAGCGAACUUUGACUAAACGAACUGAUUUCUUCAAUGAAAACUAUGGUUUUGAAAUUUUUGUUACCUAAAUUUUACUGUUUUGGGCUAAAAUGCUUUAAAUUUUUGGAUGUUGUGUGGAAAAAUGUUCCCAAUAGCGAAGUUAUGCUGUGUUCAACCUGCAACGUCUCAAAUUUCCCUUCAUUCUUGCUUUGAUUUUUAAAAAUCGUCAAUUUUCCUCACCUGGUCUAGUAUAAUAUAAUUUUCUGUAUUUUCAGUCGGUUCAAUAUUCUCAGCGAUCUUAUUCGGCUAUCUGGCCAACCUUUAUGGCUUCAACCUUCCCCCACCAAAGCCAAAAGCUGUUGGAAUUGACUUGGGGACGACGUUUUCAUCAAUAGGAAUUCAUCAGUCCGUCAAUGGAAAAACUCAAAUAAUUGCGGACGCCUUGGGGAAGAAAUCAGUCCCAAGUGUUGUCUCCUUUCUGUAAGUAAUUUUCAAUAUCUUUUUCUGAAGUUUAGGAGGCAAAUUGGCAGUUUUUUUUAUAUUAUCCAUGACGGUUGAACCCGAAUUUUUUGUAGCCGAAUGAAUCUGCUUUGAUGUAAAAUGCCUUUCAGACCCAAUGGAACAGUUCUGGUUGGGACGUUGGCCGUAGAACAUUUGGAAAUUUAUCCGAAAAAUACAAUUUACGACGCAAAAAGAUUUAUUGGAAAAACCUUCGAAGCCGAUGAUCCGCAAUUUUUGGUGAGUAUUUCUGAUUAUUUCUUGAACUUUUAGGCAAUAGUUGACUAAUUCCAAGGCAUUUUUAGGCCGACAAAGAGCGAUAUCCCUUCGAAAUCGAGCUGGAUUCGGAGAAACGAGCGUAUUUUAGAGUGAAAUUGGAGGAGGGAGAACGGUAAGAUGAUUUUAAAAUGCUAGAAGAGGUCGUAUUUACCUUUUAAGCAAAAAAUUUCUCCAGAGUUUAGUCAAAUUUUCGAUGAAAAUUUAAUUUUUUUUACAGAUUGCUAUACCCAGAGGAGAUAGGUUCAAUAAUUGUGAAUUAUCUGAAAGAAAAUGCCGAAAAGUCGAUGGGAUUCGGCUUCAAAAACCUCGUCAUAUCAGUUCCCGCCGAAUUCGCCGCUUCGCAGCGCAACAAAACGAGGGAGGCGGCCGAAAAAGCCGGCUUCAAUGUUUGGCGGGUCAUCAGCGAACCGACCGCCGCUGCGCUGGCAUAUGGAUUGGACAAGAAAAAUGGAGUCACCUUUGUGAUUGUGGUGGAUCUGGGUGAGCAGUGGAGAUGGGAUUAUUUUAAUAUCAACAAUUUAUACGUGAUAUUAUACAUGUCGUUGUGGGUCAAGAAAGAGUUUAAAAUCGGUGAAAAAUUUAUUCAGCCGUAGGGAAAGAAGGAUAAAUAUGGGAUGUAAAAUACGCAUUCUUCAUGAAAGUUGCAAUUUUUAUUGGACAAACUCUAUUUUCUUUGCAAAAAAGUCGUUUUUACCGAAAAUUCACAAAUUUCGAAAAAUUUCUUUCAAAAAAUCGGUUUUAAUUGUAAAAAAUUCGAUUUCACAGCAUUCAAAAUCUCUGUCCUCUCGAGUUCAAUCAUUUUCUCAAAGAUGACAUUACUUUUUUGCCAAAAAAUCUCAAAAUUUGUUCAGAAAAAGCCUGAUUUCACCCAAAUUUUCCCCCAAUCGUCGCUCCCUGGAAAAAUUUUGGUGAAAUCAGGCUUUUUUGAACAAAUUUUGAUGAUUUUUGGAAAAAAAGUGAUUUAAUCUUUGAGGUAAUGGUUGAACACAAGAGGACACAGAUUUUGAAUACUGUGAAAUUGAAUUUUUUAUAAUCAAAACCGAUUUUUUGAAAGAAAUUUUGCGAAAUUUCUGGAUUUUUGGUAAAACCGAUUUUUUUCGCAAAAAAAAUAGAGUUUGUCUAAUAAAAUUGCAGCUAUCAUGAAGUAAGAGUAUUUUACGUCUCAUAUUUAUCCUUCUUUCCCUAUGGCUGGAUACAUUUUUCACCGAUUUUAAAAUUUUUUUUGACCUACAGUGACAUGUAUAAUAUCGCUUAUAACUUGUUGAUAUUACAGGUGGAGGAACCAUGGAUGUCUCUGUUCUGAUGCUCCAAGGAGGUAUGUUUGUCACACAAUCGCUCGCCGGAAACAAUCGCCUGGGAGGACAGGAUUUUAACAAUUUGAUUCAGCAGUUCAUCGUGAAGGUAAGGAUAAUUUAAUUUUGAUCGAAAAAUGGUAAAAAUGAAGGAUUUUGGGGGAAAUUGGAUUAUUUGCAGAAAAUUGAAUCCGGAUCGGAUAAGAAAUUGACGAACAAAGAGGAUUUACAACAGCUUCGACUGGCCAUCGAGCAGGCCAAAGUUCGCCUUACGGAUCGGCAUGAGACCUGGAUUAAAAUCGACCUCAAACAAACCGGAAAGUUCGAAUAUCUAUUGACCAGAGAGGAAUUUGAGACCAUUUGCGAGCCAUUAUUUGAUGCUGUAGUGGAUCCGAUCGAAGCCGCGUUGGAAGAUGCGGAACUGACACCUUCCGAUAUUGAUGAAAUUGUUCUGGUUGGAGGAUCUACGCAAAUCCCAAGAGUACGACAGAUUGUGGGGAAAAUGUUUGGGUGAGUAAGGCGUUCACUAGUAAAUACGGCGUAUUUUACAAUGAAAAAAUUUGAGAUUUUUUGAGCAAGUUUAGUAUGUGGUUACCUAAAGUAAUGUCGGGCGAAAUGUGGGUUGAGAUUUGGAAAUUGAAGCCAAAAAAUACGUUAGAGAUACAGUUUCAGGACAUGGAAAAGAUUGGGAUGGGUUUCGCGACAAAAUUGGGAAAUUCAGGUUUUCGUGGUGGGACCUGGCGAAGUUGAAAGUGAUGGAAAAAUCGAUGCAUUGCACUGUAAAAGGAGAUGUUUUUGUAUAUUAGAUGCGUUUUGAAGAAUUAUAUGACGUUUUUUGUCGAUUUUGAAGAGAAUAAUGUUUUCGUGGUGGGACCCAAAAAUUUUUUUUUUGGAAUUUUUGGUUUCCUUGGAGAAUAUUGAGACGAAAAGUAGUGUAGUAAUUAAUUUUGUUUGGUUAUGAACCUCCUCAUUUUCAGUAAGACUCCAAAUUUUGGAAUUGACCCCGAACUGGCCGUAGUGACAGGGGUCGCUGUUCAAGCCGACGUCCUCGCCGGUGGAUGGCCAUUGAAGGUGGCGGCGCUAGAAUUGGAGUCCGGCCAUCGAAAACGACACAUCUACUACAAAGACGCGGCCCACAAACGUGUUCAUAGCACUGAAAAAUUAGAUGUAUAA